AAUGAGCUUCCGGGCUGCGCCGCCGCCGGGAGCGGGAGGCGGAAGUGCCGCGGGCCGCCGCCUCCGUCCCGGUUACGGCCCCUGCCGGUUACAUAACUAGUUGCGGGCUCCGCGCCGCCUCAUUUUCCGGCUCCCUGCGACUCGAGGAUGUGCUGAGCACUACACGCCCUCAGCUGCCGCCGGCUCCCGCCCGAGGUGUGAAUGACAGAGGUGGUGCCAUCCAGCGCCCUCAGCGAGGUUAGCUUGCGCCUCCUCUGCCACGAUGACAUAGACACUGUGAAGCAUCUGUGCGGCGACUGGUUCCCCAUCGAGUACCCAGACUCAUGGUAUCGUGAUAUCACAUCCAACAAGAAGUUCUUUUCCCUUGCUGCAACCUACAGAGGCGCCAUUGUGGGAAUGAUAGUAGCGGAAAUUAAAAACAGGACCAAGAUACAUAAAGAGGAUGGAGAUAUUCUAGCCUCCAACUUCUCUGUUGACACACAAGUUGCGUACAUUCUGAGUCUGGGAGUAGUGAAAGAAUUCAGGAAGCAUGGCAUAGGUUCCCUCUUACUUGAAAGUUUAAAGGAUCACAUAUCAACCACUGCCCAGGACCACUGCAAAGCCAUUUACCUGCAUGUCCUCACCACCAACAAUACAGCAAUAAACUUCUACGAGAACAGAGACUUUAAACAGCAUCACUAUCUCCCCUAUUACUAUUCCAUCCGAGGGGUACUCAAAGAUGGCUUCACCUACGUCCUCUACAUCAAUGGCGGCCACCCUCCCUGGACAAUUUUGGACUACAUCCAGCACCUGGGCUCUGCACUAGCCAGCCUGAGCCCCUGCUCCAUCCCGCACAGGGUCUACCGCCAGGCCCACAGCCUGCUCUGCAGCUUCCUGCCAUGGUCGGGCAUUUCUACCAAAGGUGGCAUCGAGUACAGCCGGACCAUGUGAUACCAGCCGGGCAGCCUCCUCCAGGGCCUGUCCCUCAUCACCCUGAAGAGCCUGCCUUCCCAUUCAUCUGACCCUUGCUGUCCUCCACAAGGAGCUAGUGGCCACCUGCCGGGCCCGUUGGCCUGCCCCAGCUGCAGGCCCGGUGCUACAUGGGCUCGGGAGCAGUGUCGUGGGCUCAUUCAAGGUGCGUCCAGUCUCCAACAGGUAUGCCAGUGCAGACAUAGGGCAUGGGAGCCUGGCACUUCCAACCACAAAAAACACAGCCCCAGACAGGCACCUGCUGAGCAGGAGGUUGGAAAGCCAAGGGCGGGGUAGUUUCUGACUGACUGGAAACUUCAUGAAGGAAAGCAGGUGGCCAAAGACGCCUUGAGCUUAUGGCCAGAUAACGUUUUCAUUUCUGGAGCUGCUGUUUUAUGUUAAAAUACUGCAAUCUCAUUUUCCUCUUCAAAAAUAGGAAAUACAAAAAGAUCGAGUCCCUCCUAUCUCUGUCCCCUAGUUGUUCAAGUUCCCAUGGCAAGAGGUGCCCAGUACACCUGCAUCUUGGGUGUGCUUCCAGAACUGUUCCACUGCUGCCAUCUCCUCUGCACACAUCAUUCUCAAACCGAAGCUUCAUGUCAGCUUCCCUUGGUGGUCAGCUUGUACGUGAGUGCUCUGCUCAGACACGGCCACUUUUGGUCACCACGAGUACCCCAGGGAGCAGGUCUCUCCCAGGUCUUGGAACUUCAGAGCUGGACAGGGCCAAGGAGCCUCCAGAGCCUGCCUUUUUGUGUACUAGCACAACCCAGAAGACUUGGUGACUUGGACCAAAGCCACACAGCAAGCUCCAUGACCACUUGAGUUUGGCAUCAUUGGUGCCUUUAUUCUGGGACCCACAGGAGCCCGUGGGCCUGGAGGAGGCUUGUACUUGGGGAACCUAGGCCCAGCUGUGCUCAUAGGCAGGAUGGCACAGGUAGAGGGAGCUCCUCUGUCAUGCCUUCACCCUGCCCUGAUCUUCUCUUUCCCACAGGCUCUCUGGCUCUCCUUCCUGCUUCUGGAAACUUCUGCCCUCCACCUCUUCCUGGCACCCUGGUCCUGCCUCUGUGUGCAUGCACCAUCUUCAUGGGUGGCUCGGGUAUGGCUGUGGUCACUGGAAAAAGGCCUCCCUAACCAGGCCACUCCCACUGCACUGCUCAUUCCUUCAGCUCCUUCCUGCAAAGCUGUAGGGAUCUUUCUGCAAAGAGGGAGGAACACAAAUAUUGUGGACAUAGGAGCCUGAGAACAAGGGGGCACAAUAAAGGGAUUGCCAGGCCCCCAUCCAGAAUCAGUGCCAUGAAGCCUAGAGGGUGGGGGGUGGUGCAGCCCCUCUAUGAGGGGCUGGCAAGGGGAGGGCACAGUGGAGGAGGCUUUUCACAGGAGCAAAGAGCUCUGGAGCUCAGCUCCCCUGCACCAGUGGUCAGACUAUGGGACAGUUCCCCCUCUGCAGCGCCUCCUGCUGUACAUUUCCUGCUGCCCCAGGCCAAUUGCCCUUCCCAUUGGAUCAUGGAGUGCUCUACUCAGCUGAUCUGCUGCUGGGAGCUGGGCUGAGGGACAGGUGCCACUGAAGCUCCAGGGGCCUCUCCCCAGCUCUCAUCCUUUAUGAGCUGCAGCUGCAAGGCCUGCCCAGAGACAGAUAGGAGGAAGCUGAGCUCGAAGUCAGGAUUCAAGGCUGCCAUGGGUCUUGCAGAGCCUGGCCUUGGGAUCAGGGGCAGUUACCUGCCUUGUAGGCCCUCAGAACAGAGAGGCUGUGUCAGUGCUGUGAAGUGUGCUUGCAGCAGUCAUGCAUCCAUGCUUCUAGCAUCCCCUCCACCUUACUACCCUAAAGCCACUUGCUGCCUGCCUUGCUCUCCAGAGCAGCUGGGAGUAGGGGUCAGUCACACCCAGUGUCACAAGAGCCAUGGCAGAGGGUCCUAGCAGCACCACACUGUGCCAACCAGAGGAGAAAGAAUAGGGGGAACAGCCUGGGCAGAUGGGUCUCUGUCCUGAGUUCUUCCCUCCCCCAGAGUUUCCCCGCCCAGAGGUCUUAAGAUUCUGGGACCAGCCCAGGGUGCUGUCUCCUAUCCUCACAGCAGAGGGACAGGGUCCUCAAGAUGAAGGUAAACCCUGGGCAGGAAACCAUCCCCUCCCUUGAAUGCUCACUGGUCUGAACUUCUGCUGUUGUUGGCUGCCUGCUGAGGGUCCACUGGGUGUCUUCUUUAUUCUGAAUCAAUGGUGAUCAUGUGAUUUUUAUUUCUGCCCCAUGGGGUAUGGGAAGAGUCUUCUGAAAGGUUCUGCCUUGGACAUCAUAACUGAGCUCAGAGGCCUUGCCCUGCCCUCCAGUCACUGCAGUGUCCAGCCCAGUGUUGAACGAUUGUAGUGUUUUGUCUCAUUACAAAUAAAUAGACCUUAAUUGGUCACAUUCUGUUCCCAGCUUC